UUAUUCAAUUUAAUUUAUUUGUUUUUAAAUGUUUCUGAAAGGCGAAGACGGCAAGACCACUUUAACAGUGAUUGAUAUGCAAUUUAUCGGUCUCAUGACGUGUUGUCAUCAUUUAAAUCCAUUAAGAUAACGUCGACACAGGCGGUAGCAAGUUGAUUGUGAAAACUAACGUUCAUUUAGUGAUCGACUUUGAGUGGGUAGGUACUGUCAGCAACAGUAUUGGGUUAUUCGUGUGUUGAGGGUUUUUCACCGGAGUUAAUCAAUAUGUCUACUACUAGCAUUGAAGAUGAUGCACUCGUAUUAAAGAGUUACAUCAAGUCAUAUCCAGACUUCCCUCUGCCUGGAAUAUUGUUUAGAGAUAUAUUCAAUGUCUUCCAAAAUACUGAUGGAUUAAAAUUGUUGGAUAAUAUUUUGAAAAAGUAUGCUACUGAAAUUGCUGGUACAGUUGAUUGUGUUGCAAUGUUGGAAGCUCGAGGAUUUUUGUUGGGCACUUUAAUGGCAUUGCAUUUAAACGUUCCAUGCGUUCCAGUUAGAAAGAAGGGAAAGUUACCUGGAAAAGUAGCUCAACUAGAGUAUAGUUUGGAAUAUGCUAAAGAUGUUUUAGAAGUUCAGUUAGAUGUUUUAAAAGAAGGAAAAAGGGUUCUGGUCAUUGAUGAUUUGUUAGCAACAGGAGGUACUCUUGAUGCUUCUAUUCAACUUUUGAGGAAAACUGGGGCAGAAGUAGUUCAAGCAGUGGUUAUUAUGGAACUAGUUGAUUUAGAAGCUCGCAAAAAAAUUGACAUUCCAAUUAAAUCAUUUAUUCAAUACUAAAUAAUAUUAUAUUAUAUUACAUUAUAAGUAAAUAAUUUUUUUAAUUACACAAAUUUUUUUAAAAAUAA